AUGCCGGAGCUGCCAACUAUAUCACUGACCGCCCAUGUGAUAUACAGAGUUCUGAAAGUAUAUUUGUUUAGGUUUCAAAAGGCAGUCAUGACAUUCACUAACGUUGCAUAUGCUGCUGACACGAUCCUUGGCGGAGGUCCUGUUUCCCCGCUCCCGGCCCGCUACCUGCUGCUGAGCCCCCGCUACCUGCAGCUGAGUCCCCGCUACCUGCUGCUGUGCCCUCGCUACCUGCUGCUGUGCCCUCGCUACCUGCUGCUGAGCCCCCGCUACCUGCUGCUGAGCCCCCGCUACCUGCUGCUGAGCCCCCGCUACCUGCUGCUGAGCCCCCGCUACCUGCUGCUGAGCCCCCGCUACCUGCUGCUGAGCCCCCGCUACCUGCUGCUGAGCCCCCGCUACCUGCUGCUGAGCCCCCCGCUACCUGCUGCUGAGCCCCCGCUACCUGCUGCUGAGCCCCCGCUACCUGCUGCUGAGCCCCUGCUACCUGCAGCUGAGUCCCCGCUACCUGCUGCUGUGCCCUCGCUACCUGCUGGUGAGCCCCCGUUACCUGCUGCUGAGCCCCCGCUACCUGCUGCUGAGCCCCCGCUACCUGAUGCUGAGCCCCCGCUACCUGCUGCUGAGCCCCCGCUACCAGCUGCUGAGCCCCCGCUACCUGCUGCUGAGCUCUUGCUACUUUCUGCUGAGCCCUCGCUACCUGUUGCUGAGUCCCCGCUACCUGCUGCUGAGCCCCCGCUACCUGCUGCUGAGCCCCCGCUACCUGCUGCUGAGUCCUCGCUACCUGCUGCUGAGCUCUUGCUACUUUCUGCUGAGCCCUCGCUACCUGCUGCUGGGCCCCCACUACCUGCUGCUGAACCCCCACUACCUGCUGCUGAGCCCCCGCUACCUGCUGUUGAGUCCCCACUACCUGCUGCUGAGCCCCCGCUACCAGCUGCUGAGACCCUGCUACCUGUUGCUGAGCCCCCGCUACCAGCUGCUGAGCAUCUGCUGCUGAGCCCCCGCUACCUGCUGCUGAGCCCCCGCUACCUGCUGCUGAGCUCUUGCUACUUUCUGCUGAACCCCCGCUAUCUGCUGUUGAGCCCCCGCUACCUGCUGCUGAGUCCCCGCCACCUGCUGCUGAGCCUCCGCUACCUGCUGCUGAGCCCCCGCUUCCUGUUGCUGAGCCCCCGCUACCAGUUGCUGAGCCUCCGCUUCCUGUUCCUGAGCCCCCGCUACCUGUUGCUGAGCCCCCGCUUCCUGUUGCUGAGCCCCCGCUACCUGCUGCUGACCUCCCGCUACCUGCUACUGAGCCCCCGCUACCUGCUGAAGAGCCUCCGCUUCCUGUUGCUGAGCCCCCGCUAUCUGCUGCUGAGUCUCCCGCCGCUACCUGCUGCUGAACCCCCGCUACCUGCUGCUGAGGCCUCACUACCUGCUACUGAGCGCCCACUUUCUGUUGCUGAGGCCCCACUACCUGCUGCUGAACCCUCGCUACCUGUUGCUGAACCCUCGCUACCUGCUGCUGAGCCUCCGCUACCUGCUGCUGAGCUCCCACUUCCUGUUGCUGAGUCCCCGCUACUUGUUGCUGAGCCUCCGCUUCCUGUUGCUGAGCCCCCGCUAUCUGUUGCUGAGCCCCCGCUAUCUGCUGCUGAGCCCCCGCUACCUGCUGCUGAACCCCCGCUACCUGCUGCUGAGCCCCCACUACCUCCUGCUGAACCCCCGCUACCUACUGCUGAGCCCUCCCUACCUGUUGCUGAGGCCCCGCUAUUUGCUGCUGAGCCCCGCUACCUGGUGCUGAGCCCCCACUACCUGCUGCUGAACCCCCGCUACCUGCUACUGAGCCCCCGCUACCUGCUGAAGAGCCUCCGCUUCCUGUUGCUGAGCCCCCGCUAUCUGCUGCUGAGUCUCCCGCCGCUACCUGCUGCUGAACCCCCGCUACCUGCUGCUGAGGCCUCACUACCUGCUGCUGAGCGCCCACUUUCUGUCGCUGAGGCCCCACAACCUGCUGCUGAACCCUCGCUGCCUGUUGCUGAACCCUCGCUACCUGCUGCUGAGCCUCCGCUACCUGCUGCUGAGCUCCCGCUUCCUGUUGCUGAGCCCCCGCUACUUGUUGCUGAGCCUCCGCUUCCUGCUGCUGAGCUCCCGCUACGUGAUGCUGAGCCCCCGCUACCUGCUGCUGAGCCCCCGCUACUUGCUGCUGAGCCCCCACUACCUGCUGCUGAGCCCCCGCUACCUGCUGCUGAGCCCCCGCUACCUGCUGCUGAGCCCCCGCUACCUGCUGCUGAGCCCCCGCUACCUGCUGCUGAGCUGCCGCUACCUGGUGCUGAGCCCCCGCUACCUGCUGCUGAGCCCCCGCUACCUGCUUCUGAGCCCCCGCUACCUGCUGCUGAACCCCCGCUACCUGUUGCUGAGGCCCCGCUACCUGCUGCUGAGCCCCCGCUACCUGCUGCUGAGCUCCCGCUUCCUGUAGCUGAGGCCCCACUACCUGCUGCUGAGCCCCCGCUUCCUGCUGCUGAGCGCCCGCUUCCUGUUGCUGAGGCCCCACUACCUGCUGCUGAGCCUCCGCUACAUGCUGCUGAGCCCCCGCUACCUGCUGCUGAGCCCCCACUACCAGCUACUGAGCCCCCGCUACCUGCUGCUGAGCCCCCGCUACCUGGUGCUGAGCCCCCGCUACCUGCUGCUGAGCUCCCGCUACCUGCUGCUGAGCCCCCACUACCUGCUGCUGAGGCCCCACUACCUGCUGCUGAGUCCCAGCUACCUACUGCUGAGGCCCCGCUACCUGUUGCUGAGGCUCCGCUUCCUGCUACUGAGCCCCCAUUACCUGCUGCUGAACCCCCGCUACCUGCUGCUGAGCCCCCGCUACCUGCUGCUGAACCCCCGCUACCUGUUGCUGAGGCCCCGAUACCUGCUGCUGAGCCCCCGCUACCUGGUGCUGAGCCCCCGCUACCUGGUGCUGAGCCCCCACUACCUGCUACUGAACCCCCGCUACCUGCUGCUGAACCCCCGCUACCUGCUGCUGAGCCCCCGCUACCAGCUGCUGAACCCCCGCUACCUGUUGCUGAGGCCCCGCUACCUGCUGCUGAGCCCCCGCUACCUGCUGCUGAGCCCCCGCUACCUGCUGCUGAGCCCCCGCUACCUGCUGCUGAGCCCCCACUACCUGCUGCUGAACCCCCGCUACCUGCUGCUGAGCCCCCGCUACCUGCUGCUGAGUCCCCGCUACCUGCUGCUGAGCCCCCGCUACCUGCUGCUGAGCUACCGCUACCUGGUGCUGAGCCCCCGCUACCUGCUGCUGAGCCCCCGCUACCUGCUGCUGAGCCCCCGCUACCUGCUGCUGAGCCCCCGCUACCUGUUGCUGAGGCCCCGUUACCUGCUGCUGAAUUCCCGCUACCUGUUGCUGAGGCCCCGCUACCUGCUGCUGAGCCCCCGCUACCUGCUGCUGAACCCCCGCUACCUGUUGCUGAGGCCCCGCUACCUGCUGCUGAAUUCCCGCUACCUGUUGCUGAGGCCCCGCUACCUGCUGCUGAGCCCCCGCUACCUGCUGCUGAGCCCUCGCUACCUGCUGCUGAGGCCCCGCUACCUGCUGCUGAGCCCCCGCUACUUGCUGCUGAGCCCCCACUACCUGCUGCUGAACCCCCGCUACCUGCUGCUGAACCCCCGCUACCUGGUGCUGAGCCCCCGUUUCCUGUUGCUGAGCUCCCGCUACCUGGUGCUGAGCCCCCGCUACCUGCUGCUGAGCCCCCGCUACCUGCUGCUGAGCCCCCGCUACCUGCUGCUGAACCCCCGCUACCUGUUGCUGAGGCCCCGCUACCUGCUGCUGAACCCCGCUACCUGCUGCUGAACCUCCGCUACCUGCUGCUGAACCCCCGCUACCUGUUGCUGAGGCCCCGCUACCUGCUGCUGAGCUCCCGCUACCUGGUGCUGAGCCCCCGCUACCUGCUGCUGAGCCCCCACUACCUGCUGCUGAACCCCCGCUACCUGCUGCUGAGCCCCCUCUACCUGCUGCUGAGCCCCCGCUACUUACUGCUGAGCCCCCGCAUACCUGCUACUGAGCCUCCGCUACCUGGUGCUGAGCCCCCGCUACCAGCUGCUGAGCCCCCGCUACCUGCUGCUGAGCCCUCCCUACCUGCUGCUGAGUUCUUGCUACUUUCUGCUGAGCCCCCGCUACGUGCUGCUGAGCUUCCGCUACCUGCUGCUGAGCCCCCGCUACCUGCUGCUGAGCCCCCGCUACCUGCUGCUGAGCCCCCGCUACCUGCUGCUGAGCCCCCGCUACCUGCUGCUGGGCCCCCGCUACCUGCUGCUGAGCCCCCGUUUCCUGUUGCUGAGCCCCUGCUACCUGCUGCUGAGCCCCCGCUACCUGCUGCUGGGCCCCCGCUACCUGCUGCUGAGCCCUCGUUUCCUGUUGCUGAGCCCCCGCUACCUGGUACUGAACCCCAGCUACCUGCUGCUGAGCCCCCGCUAUCUGCUACUGAACCCCAGCUACCUGCUGCUGAGCCCCCGCUAUCUGCUGCUGGGCCCCCGCUACCUGCUGCUGAGCCCUCGUUUCCUGUUGCUGAGCCCCCGCUACCUGCUACUGAACCCCAGCUACCUGCUGCUUAG